GAUCGCAAUCUCACGUCCACGUCGAAGAGGCAUGGCUUCGUUUUUUCGUCGCUUACCUCCGUAUUCCUACAGCUUGGAGCCGUGCACGCCAAGCCAAGCCAUGGCCUUUGCUAAGGAAUUCGUCUCGUUGGUCAAUAUUUGCAUGCGUCACCCCGCCCUGCGCGUGCCUCGGUCUCGCGUGUGUGCUCUGUUGAUGCUAAGGCGCCCAGAGUCGCGCGCCUGCAUGUCGAUCUCGGCCUCUCCACGAGUUUGUCUCCGACUCCCUGCGGGACCACGCGUAAGCGGGCAAUCAUCUGGGGGUGGCUUGCCCCGGUCCCCAUCCCACCGCUUUUGGAACCCUAUUUCUUGGUUCAAUCUUGGCUGUAGCUUGGUUGCUCGGCCGCAUGACCAUACGGGUCCAUGCCAAGCGCUCGAAUGCUUGGCUUUCGUGACAAAGCACCGUAGGGUCCUUCUGCUCACAGCCCAGGCUAUAACGAUAAUACGUGCUCCCUCUGAUUCGUUGACAACUCGUGCAUUGGAAGGAAGCGAAAUGAGACAUGUCAUACCUGCUUUAAAAGACGUCCAUCGCAAGCUGAAAAUCCCACGCCCAUGACGGCAAUUUUCACACGCAGAUGAAAGUCGGUCAGUAGCACAAUAUUGUACAUGUGAAUGGCUGUUGCCCGCAACUGCGCCUGAACUCACUGAUCGCCUGGCUCGGGGGAAAGUCAUACCCAUAAUAAGAGGCGCGGAGGCCUCUUGGAUACCCUAUUCCGUGCCUUACGUCGGUAGGUCGAUCCCGGCCUUUUGACCUGUCGAGCACCAACGUCACUGCAAACAGAGCGGAUUACGGGACACGAGACUUC